AUGACAAAGAUCAAAAUAUUCACAGCACGCGUGAAGUCAACGCUGUUGGCUGGUCUCGAACUCCAUCAUUCACAGAAUCCAGGUAUUCAUCAACAAGUCUCUUCAUAUCAUAUGCAGAAUAUGCAGACUGAAAGCUCUUACGCCGAUGAACUCUAUCUGCGCUGCGCUGCGACACCGAAAUUAAUCGUUAACUACGAAAAAAAGGCCCAGCUAAGCUUGAAGGGCCGCAUAACGGAAAAUAUAUUAACCAUCGCUUUUCUACGAGCAAAUAACACGAAUCGCACGAUACAUUUUUUGGUCGAACUAUUGUGGAAACUGCACUACACGAAUGUGCUGUUCGUGUAUGACAAGUCAGAGGAAAUUUCGACCAUAACCACACUUUUCCAACUUUGUUGGCGUAAUGGCUUCGUCAACGUGCUGGCUUUGGUCAAUCAAACGCUCUACACAUAUCAACCCUUUCCACGCAUUAAAGUGGUCGCUUUGCGCAAACUCAGUGAAUAUUAUGACAAAACGCAUUUAAAAAAUUUUCAAGGUUAUGCGCUACGCUCGAGCAUUAGCAAUAAUGCGCCGCGGGUUUAUCACUACACCGACGAUAAAGGAAAUCUCGCUAAUGCUGGUUAUUUGUAUCGAUUGAUACUGUUAUUCGCACAACAUUAUAACGGUAGAUUUGAAGAGGUACGCAUGCCCACCUAUCAAAUGAACUUAACGAAUAUUAUUAAGGCGUUUGAGCGUAAGGAAAUCGAUAUAUUGGCCGAUCUGCUCUUCAUGUACCCCAAUUAUUCGCACAGCGCUGUAAUUUGUAAUUAUCGCACAUUUAUGAUGGCGCCCUACGCCGCACCGCUGCCACUCUAUAUGUACAUUCUCAAGCCUCUGACGAGUCUACUCUGGUUGCUCAUAAUGUUGGCACUUUGCUAUGCAAUCCUGGCACAAAUGCUGCUCUCCUGGCUGCGCGGUCGCCGAGUGAACUUUGGAUUGGCUUUUUUGCGUAGCCUCAGCUCGGUACUCUACCUGCCGAGUUACUACUAUAGUCGCUGUACGUGUGCGCAAAGGUUCUGCGUCCUUUUGUUGUUGGCUUGUAGCUUUCUUUUGACCAGUUUGUAUCAGACGAGUAUGGCUAGCAUGUUUAUAUCGCGGCUUUAUGAGCCUCAGGUCAACAGCAUCGCUGAUAUCGCGCGCACUAAAUUUUUACUGCCAAUGGCGAAGGAGGACAUCGCCUAUAUGAGUCGCUUAUCGGGUAUACCGCAAAUCAUUUACGAUCGCUUGCUUGAGGUGAGCCCAUCGGAGGACUAUCAGUUGUUGCGCGAUUUGAACACCUCGUACAUACUCACCUACAUCGAGGAUAAAGUGAACUUUUUCAUGUAUCAGCAGAAAUUUCUGCGUAUACCGCGUUUUAAGCUGAUCGCCGAGGAGCUCACGCAGGUGCCGCUGUUCAUAAGUUUGCCGCAUGGUUCGCCGUUUUUGCAGCUGUUUGAUCGUUAUUUGGGUAAUGUUUUCGAUUCGGGUAUUUUUCAGAAAAUGUUCAUCGACAGCGCUGAGGAGGGCAUUUUGAGCAAUGAGAUACGGUUCUUCCGCACUGUCUCCAUUAUUUUUCAACCGCUCAAAGUCGAACAUUUUUCGCUGAUAUUUGUCGUCUGGGCAUUUGCAGCGCCAGCACCAGCAGCUGAAGCAGAGGCAGCGGCAGCAACAAAUGAAUCCGCCUAUGCUGGAAACUUCUACUGCAUUAACUCGUCUUCAGAACCGUUGAUAUGGAUAAACAUCAGUCCGUAA